CAUGCCGUGUCCUUGGCGCUCUCGCCAUUUUUAAAAGGAGCUCGACGAUCAGCGAUCAGCCGUUGCCUUUGGUUUGUGUUCGUGGUUGUCUGUCGUGAUCAUAGAUCACGGAAAUUGUGAAUAGUUAGCACGGUGUUGCGACGUGCGACGUGCGACGGGAGGGAGGGAGGGUGAUAAAGUGCGCGCGCGAUAGGGGUGUAAGGGUGCGAACGAUGGUGGAUGCGUCGUAGUGCGUACAAGUGCGCGCGCGACGUUGGGUGUUGGAUUCAUUCUUCGUGAUUACAGUCAUUUGCUCAGUGAUUGUGCAGAAUCGAUGAAAAGUUAAUACGCGGCGCCGGGAAGAUCCGUGAUCCGUUCGGUUCAUGGUCGUGUUUUAUUCGUCGUCGUAAAGAGGACUGGUAGAGAUCGGUAGAGAUUUCGGGUGCUUGCGCGGUACGCGCGACACAAACGAGAUAUUUAUGAUGUAAACAGUAGAACGCGAACAGAGGAGAAUUGCGCGUUCGAGGGUAGGCUGCCGGGGAGGAGGCUGUUUAGGAUUCGGGGCAAGAAAUCCUUUCGAAAAGCGAGAGCAUAUUACGUAUAUAAUCUCGUCGUCUGACAAUCUAGGAUAAGAAACAAGCAUGUCGAGCGCGCCGCAAAUGUCUAGCGGACUCAGCAAACUGAAGAAGAAACAUUUUCGGGUGAAACAUCAAAAGGUUAAGCUGUUUCGUGCAAACGAGCCGCUACUCAGCGUGUUUAUGUGGGGUGUUAAUCACACGAUAAACGAACUUAGUCACGUUAACAUUCCGGUAAUGCUCUUGCCAGAUGAUUUUAGAGCUUACAGCAAGUUGAAAGUGGAUAAUCAUCUUUUCAACAAAGAGAACAUGCCCUCCCACUUCAAAAUUAAAGAAUAUUGUCCGUUAGUCUUUAGAAAUUUGCGAGAGAGAUUUGGAAUAGAUGAUUUGGAUUACAAGGAAUCAAUGACUAGAUGUCGGGUGUUUAAUCCUUCGCGAGCAAAGCAGCAUUCGGAUUUGGUCGAAGGAAUAGGCAGAAGGAUUCGUCAAUUGGUUCAACGCUCUGCUACCACUCCAACGAUUACCCUUUACUCUCCUUCUGCCUCCUCCCACAAUACAAUUUUAAACAAACCAUUGCGUAGCUGCAGUUUUAAACCAAAACGCCUGAGAUCACAGCCAGUACUUGAUGAUUCAUCUGGGAAAAGUGGUGCAAAAUUUUAUCAAUCUUACGACAAACUGUUUAUAAUUAAAACAUUGACGAGCGAAGAAGUGGAGAGAAUGCAUUCGUUCUUGAAACAUUAUCAUCCCUAUAUUGUCGAGCGACAUGGAAAGACAUUAUUGCCGCAAUACCUGGGAAUGUACCGAUUGACCGUUGAUGGCGUUGAGCAUUACGUGGUUGCCAUAAGGAAUGUGUUUUCGAAUCACUUGACAACGCACAAAAAGUUUGAUCUAAAAGGAUCGACAGUGGAUCGAGAAGCGUCCGAUAAGGAGAAAGAAAAGGACCUUCCUACUUAUAAGGAUAACGAUUUCGUUAAGGAGGGCAUGAAAAUUUACAUUGGGGAAGAGGCCAAAGUUAAGCUAAUAGAAACGUUAACCGCCGAUGUAGACUUCUUGACGAAAUUACACUUGAUGGAUUAUUCCUUGCUACUUGGCUUGCACGAUUGCGCGCGCGCUGAACAAGAAUCGAGAGAACGCGCGGAAAGAGAAGAUGAUGAAGAUAAUCAUGAAGAGGAAGAUGAUAGCGAGUCAGGUAGCGGAUUGGAGUCGCGAGGUCCAAUGGGAGACCGUUUAUGGGGUUGGAGCGGCGUCGGUCAUGCAAUUACUAGCAUGGCAACGCCUCCCGAGUCACCACACGCCGCAUUAAUGCGUGACACCAGUUUACAGUACGAAGAUGCGAUAAUACCUGAAUUAGAUAUUUAUGCUAUUCCUAGUAAAGAAGGUGCUCCCACAAAGGAGAUUUAUUUUUUGGCCAUAAUAGACGUGCUCACGCAUUACGGUGUACGUAAGCAAGCGGCAAAAGCAGCUAAAACCGUCAAGUAUGGUGCUAAUGUUGACGGUAUAUCCACCUGUGAUCCAGAACAAUAUGGCAAACGAUUCAUAGAGUUCAUGAGUAAAGCCAUAGAGUAGAAGGUAUUAUUACCCAUUUAAAAAAAUGAAAUUACAAUGAUAUUAUGUAUACUAUGAUGGAGUGAAGUCAUUUAUCAUAACGAGAGAGUCGUAGAGAUCGAUUAUCUUCGCAGUCUCCGUUCUCCUUUUUACUUGUUGACAUCGAUCAUCAUCUUGAGUAGUGCUUUCAUUCGCGAUUCAUACACGAUCAAACAGAAGCGCGUCGUAACAAAUGUUUAUUUUGCAAGCAUCUUUAAGCAAACGUGUUUCGCGGAUACACUAUAUUUCUAUCGGAAUUGUUUAUUGUUAUUCUACAACCAAUGAGAUUCUUAUUACCUCGAUUGAUUAUUACUGUCUUUAGUCAGUCUUUCUACCAGUCAGUUGUCUUGAUCGAUUUCUCAAAUUUUGCGCUUGAAAUUUCUCUUUUACAUCUUUACUAAAAUAUAAAAUGUUUAAUCGUGCAUAGCAUUAUUAUACAUACACGUAAUUAUAAUUGCACAAGGAAUUUGCAUCACAAAAUAAAUAACAACGCCUCCUCUUUUGUCUAUUCCCUGUUCACGCGUCGCACAUGAUUAAAACAAUAAAAGACACAUUAUCCAAUGA